AUGAAGAGACGAAGGCAUAAUCAUAAUUACUGCCUACCAAACUGUGAAAACAAAGACAGACUGAGUGACCUUCCAAACUGCCUUUUACUUCACAUACUCUCCUUUCUGAAUGCCGAACGAGUUGUUCGGACUUGCAUUCUCUCCAAGAGAUGGAACAAUCUUUGGAAGUCUCUUCCCGUCCUUACAUUAGGUUCUGUCAAGAAAUCCAACCAAUUCAUGUCUAAAAUCUUGUCUUGUCGGGAUUCCUCAGCGACUCUACACACUCUCGAUUUUCACAGCUAUGCAAUUAGGAAGCCUGGCCAAGUCAAAUGGAUAAUAGAAUAUGCAGUUUCACACAAUGUCCGGCAUUUAGAUAUAUAUCUUAAAGGUCGUUUUCAAGAAUUUCCCAGUUGCUUAUUUUCAUGUGGCACUUUAACUUCUCUUAAACUUACUGUUUUCCUCCCUUCAAUGUUUACUAAGAGAUUGUUUUUCCCUAAUUCUCUGAAUUUGCCGGCAUUAACCAGCUUGUCUCUAAGGUCAUUCACCUUUCUUGUCGGCGAUGAUGGACGCGUUGAGCCUUUUUCUGCUUUAAACAAGUUGAAUAGUUUGGUCAUUAACAGAUGUGAAGUUUUGGGUGCCAAAAACCUUGGCAUAUCAAGUGCCACACUUGUGAAUUUAACUAUAAUAAUGAGUGAUAGGGCACCUACAGCCUCUUUCGGAUUUGAGCUAUCUACCCCAAGUCUUAUUACCUUUCAUUUUAUUGGUCAUCCUCUUCAGAAACUCUGUCAGAGCAAUGGCAAUCUCUCCACGGUCAAGCGUGUAAGUAUUGAUGUCAAGUAUUGGAUAUAUGAGGCUAAUACUCCUUUGGUUCUACUCAACUGGCUGGAUGAGCUUGCUAAUAUCAAAUCAUUGACACUUACUUCAUCUACUCUUAAGGUUCUUUCCCAUGCUCCCCGUUUAUUGAAGUCUGAGUUCUCUUCAUUAUGUAACAUGGAGUCACUGAACGUAAAAAAGAAAUAUUCUUCAUCCAUACUCGAUGAUGGAUUAGUGAAGUUUUUGCUUCAAAACUCACCCUCAGCAGAGGUUAACAUUGUUGAUUAAUUAAGGUCAGGUCAGGUGUGCAUUCAACAUUUUAAAAAUAACCUUCUCUAUUUUCUGUUUCCCCCUAACCUUUGUGUAUAGUUGAAUUGACACUGUGAAAAUAUAGUUAUUGAAUGUUUGAAAAAAUCUUGUGUGAUGUCAUUAUGCUUUGAUAAUGAUCGAUGCUAAAGA